UUCCUUGGCUGGCUAGUGCGUCGUGUGACGCAGCACGCCGCGUGUGACGCAGCACGCCAGGUUGGGAGCGGACUUGCGGGCGGAAGUAACGUGUCGGCAAGAUGAAUUCCAGAGGAUCUGGAUCUCAGCUGAAGGACAGUAUCCCAAUUGCUGAGUUUUCAGCAAGUGGGCCAUUUGGAGGUCAUGAUAUUCUGCGCAGAGGGUUUACAAGCGUGAAAAAUGAACUGUUGCCCAGCCAUCCUUUGGAAUUGUCAGAAAAAAAUUUUCAACUGAAUCAGGAUAAAAUGAAUUUUGCAACACUGAGAAAUAUUCAAGGACUCCAUGCACCUUUAAAGCUGCAAAUGGAAUUCAAAGCAGUGAAACAGGUACAACGUCUUCCAUUUCUUCAUAGUUCAAACAUUGCACUGGAUACCCUGAGAGGAAAUGAUGAAUGCAUUGGUUUUGAGGAUAUUCUUAAUGACCCAUCACAAAGUGAAGUUAUGGGAGAGCCACAUACAAUGAUGGAAUACAAGCUUGGUUUAUUGUAACACAAACCUAAUCUCCAUCUACUGUUCAUAAAGAUGUUUCUUGUAUGUGUCUUUUACUAUAUCGAAGGUUCAGCUAUACAGCUUUAAAAUGACACUGACAGAUUUUGUUAACAUAGCCAUGGAUAUCUCUUGCCUUCCUUGAUAAAAAGGCACAUUAAACUUUUAAAUAUCUACUAUGAAUGGUUUUGUCCUUGGUUGUCAAUAGAAAUGUCCCAUAACUGGAUAGUUCAAUUUACGUCUCUUUGUAGAUUACUCAGGAUGAUAGCUACAUAGCUUUUGAAAUAUGUGUGUAUACAAGAUAUCCCAAAAUACAUGUGCAUUUUAGUGGCAGUAAUCAGUUACAAAAUGUUGAAUGGAUGUUCUUGCAAAAGACCUUUUUUGUUUCUGAAAAUUUUCCAUAAUCUUUUUCUAAGCACUGAAUAAAUAUUUGCUAUAAA